CUGUGGGCGGAAGGAGGCUGCGGGUUGGUGUCGGGGAGCGGGAGCGCGGCGCCAGGAUGAACGCCCCUCCGGCCUUCGAGUCGUUCUUGCUCUUCGAGGGCGAGAAGAAAAUCACCAUUAACAAGGACACUAAGGUUCCCAAUGCCUGCUUGUUCACCAUCAACAAAGAAGACCACACUCUGGGGAACAUCAUUAAAUCCCAGCUGUUGAAGGACCCACAGGUGCUGUUUGCUGGCUACAAAGUCCCUCACCCCUUGGAACACAAGAUCAUCAUUCGUGUGCAGACCACCCCAGACUACAGCCCCCAGGAGGCUUUCACCAAUGCCAUCACAGACCUCAUCAGUGAGCUCUCCCUUCUGGAGGAGCGAUUCCGGGUGGCCAUCAAGGACAAGCAAGAAGGAAUUGAGUAGCAGCUGAAAGAAGCAUUGCUUAGUGGCUGUGGGUGGCACGUACUUCUCAGGGCCCUUCUCAAGUCCAUCACAAUGGCGACAGCCACUCUCAGCUCUCUAGCUGGGCACGGGGCUCUGCCCCAUUCUGUACAUAGACUGUUGUUUUCCUAAUAAAAGCAGAGCAGAA